ACCUGCACCUGAAGGAGUAGAUCUAAAGACAUUACAACAACAAGAAGAAAGAGAAGAAUUAGCUUUCAAAUUAGAUAAAGUUAUAGGGUAUUGGUACGAUGGCCAGCAGUUUGCUUCUUUGCGUGAAUUUGUUGAAGCAUACAAUACAGAUAAGAAUUUCAAGAAGAUUACUCCGGAGAUAUUUCAGAAGCGUUUAAAAGAGCAACAGCAGCAGCAGCAGCAGCAACAGCAGCAACAACAGCAGCAGCAACAGCAGCAAGCAGCACUUCGUCGUUUAGCUCCUGCCUGGCUUGCACCUAAUCCAGAAGGUCGUGUUGGGCUAGAGUAUCGUGCAGCACCAGAACAUAUAGAGCCUCAAGGAAGAAGGUAUACAAUAAAGCAAUCACCAGGGCAGCAAUCGUACAGUGUAAAUUAUGCAGGAUGGGACUUUGUAAUAAAUAUGGAUAGAGAUACAGCUUUACGUGUCUGGGAUGUUCGUUUUCAAGGUCAAAGACUUGUGUUUGAAAUGGGUAUGAUGGAAGCAUUAGCUCAUUACUCAGUUGCAGAAAGAAACUGGUAUUUCAUUGACUCUUGGUAUGGAGGUCUAGGCUCAGCUUCUCGUCGUCUUCAUCCUGGAAUAGAAUGUGCAAAGACAGGACAAUUAUUAUUUGAUGGUGGUUCUUUAUGUAUAUUUGAAAAAGAUUAUGCACGACCUCUUCGUGCACAUUGGAAGAGUGGGACAUUAAGAGAUGGUGCACCUCAUAUGGCAUUAGUAUUAAGACAUAUGAUAACAGUUAGUAAUUAUGAUUAUAUAACAGAUUAUUAUUUUCAUAUAAGCGGAUGGUUAGAAGCUUCCGUCUCUUUCACUGGCGAACUCUAUGCAGGAGUAGAAGUACCUUGGUUUUCAGCAAGACAAAGAAGGCAUGGAACACAAGUUAGCGGUUCUAUGAGAAUGGGUGCACUUCAUGGUCAUUUAGCUGUAUGGAAGGUAGAUUUUGAUUUAACUCCUGAUUAUAGAAAAAACUCUGUUGUAUUCAGUGAAAUUGUUCAUGACACUGCAAGACCAGGGGCUAUUAAACUUGAUCAGUGGAUUGGCGAAAAAGAAUUAGAUGGAUAUAUUGCUUAUAAUAGCACAAGGCCUAUUCAUUAUACUAUUGUUAAUGAAGAUCAUAAUGUCUAUGGAAAUGUUGGAGGCAUGACCGUCAUUCCUUAUCCCACCGUUGCAAUUCCGAAUCCUCAGUUUGAGCUGUACACGGGGCCUUGCGCUUGGGCCAAGUACAGAGUUGCUACGACUGUGCGGCACCCUGAUGAAACAGAAGCAACACUACCUAGAGACAAUAAAUAUGCUUUGAAGCCGGCCGUCUCUCUUGAUAGAUACUUGAGGAACAACGAGAGCAUUCGCAAGGCUGACUUGGUGACGUGGAUAUCGAGUGCAGUGUGGCAUAUACCGGUAGUAGAAGACAUGCCUUUAACAUUAUCUCAGGGUAAUACAUUAGGUUGGUUAGUAAAGCCUCAUAAUUAUUAUAUGGAAGAUAUGAGUAUGGAUCUUCAUAAUGCUAUUGGAGGCGCUGUACAAGACCCAGGGACUUGUGCUAUUAUUAGACAAGAAAUGCCUAGAUAUGGAGAUACACCUGAAAAUUAA